CCCAAACCCACGAAGGCACGGACGGAAAUUAAAAAAGACGCCAGAAGGAAGUCGCCGAGAGAGAGUCGCCGCCGCCUGCCCGCACGCUCCACUGCUCCAGAGUCUAGCCGCUUCCCGCCAGACGCCGCCUCUCCGGAAACACUCCAGCCUCCAGGUCCAGUAGUCCAGGCUAAUCAUUUUGAAGGCAGUCAGAAAAUGGCGCUGGGGCUACUCCUAGGGAUUGGGAGGACAUUCAGGAGAAAGCGCACUGCUUCUCUCCAGAUUCUUACUUCCAAAACUGGUCCAAGGAACUACUACAAGGGCAAGAAUUGCAAGCCAACUGGUUUUCACACUCGCAAAGGUGGGUAUGUCGUAGUUCCUGAAAAGCUUCCGAAUUAUGUGGUUCCAGAUCUAACUGGUUUCAAGCUAAAGCCGUAUGUAUCUCAGUGCGCGACGGGAGACGAAACAACCGAAGCUUAGGAUCAUCAGCUAUUUCCUUAUGGGUUCUUGUGAGACGGAGACCUAUCAAGGGCAUACUUAUUCAAUAACAUGACCUUGCAAUGUUGAAAAGAUUAUUGGGCAAAGUAGCGGAACUAUGUGUACCCAAUUGUGAAGUUCUUUUGAUUCUUAUUGAAAAAGUUCUGAAGUGGUUUCAAUUUCGUUUGAGAGCAGGUUCUUUUAAUUGGUUUUAACUCUGAACCAUAGGAUGGAAUUUU